UAUUUUCAGGACAAACUCCUGACUGAUUACAAAGUAUUGCAUAUAGAACAGAUAUAAACUCCUGGAUAUAAGAAGGAUGUCACUGUGCCAUGGAAGAAUCAGUCUUAUAAAGUGAGAAGCAGUGUGGGAUGAGUGAGAGUGUACCCACCAUGGAUAACUCAGAGGAAGAGGAGGAGUUCUAUGAUGCACCAGAUGUCUUCAUUGAGCUUUACUGUGAGGAAGAAAGCUCUCCUGCAACACCACAGUCUGACUAUGUUCCUCCACCAAGAGAUUUAACAGUUCUCCAUGCUGGCAGUGAGACUGUUUCUCUUGGUUUAGCACCACCUGUUAGGUACAAACUACAUAUUGAUUACUCCUGUGACACACACAGUGGCAGUGUGAUCAAAGAAGACUCCAGCACUGUAGAUGUUGAUGGACUGUUUCCUGGGACUGAGUAUACUUUCAGAAUCACAAGGAGAGCAGACAAUGGAAAUCAGAGCGAAGCAGCAUGUGUAUCUGUCUGCACAGAGCCCAGCCCUCCAGUGCAGGUCACAGUCACUCAGGUCAGCAGUGAGUCACUGUCUCUGUGUUGGGACCCUCCUGCUGGUGAAGUGGAGAACUACAUUGUGACUUGCUGCAGUGAAGAAGACAGCUGUGUGCAAGAAGUGACAACACACACAAACAACCUGACUGUCAGCAGACUGAGGCCAGGGGUGUGUUACUCCCUCCAAGUUUCUACACAACUGAAGAAUGGAAGAAGCAAGCCAGCUGUAACAUCUGCACACACAAAGACGCAACUGGAGAGCUUAUUGGAAGAUCUGGGCUUGGUGCAGCACUACAAUGAGAAGCUUUCCCUGAGCACAAUACUUCAGAUUGAUGAGAAGACCAUGACUGAUGAAACUUCCAAGUGUAAUUCAGAUCUUCCAUGGCAUUUUCUGAAGAAACUGAUGAUGGUUAAUGUGACAGCUAGGAAUGUGAAAUGUACAUUAGUAUGUGAUUUAAACUGUGAUGCUGCAUCAGGGAAUACAGGGUUAGAUCUUAAAAAUCUGGUUGACAGUCCAAAUUCAGGUGACAUGCUAAACCCACUCGACAUAAUCACUGCUCUCUUUCUGUGUUCUGAUGGUUUUGUACAGCAGGAGUUGGCACUCAAAAUGUCUAUGUGUCAGUUUUCUGUGCCUCUGCUGCUUCCCGACAUUGACACAAAACAGUGCACACUCAUGCUGUGGGCCAUGAGAGACAUUGUUAAAAAGUACAGGCCUCAGUCACUGUCUGAAUCCAAGGGUUUCAUUGAAGACAGAAUUGUUCUCUCAGAUAUUCCAAUGAUAUCUUUUGUGAGACUGGGUGAAUGCUCCUUGUCCAAGUCAGAGAUUCUCAAUAAACUUCUGAGCAAUUCUCAGCAGUACCAUGACACCUUUGUUCAUCAUGAUAUGGAGUGUGGAGACAGUCCAAGGAGAAUAUCCAAUGGCUUGGUUGAAAUGACUUGGUACCUUCCUUGUGGAAACAAAAACAUGGAUCUUUUCAGUGAGCCAGUCGCUGUAGCUAACCUUCGUGGGGACAUUGCUUCAUUUGAAACACAAUACUCUUUUUUGUGUCAAACAUCUACAGCAGUUUUUGUGUUCUUUGACAAUUUGGACUCUGAGUGCAUGCUGCUGACCAACCAACACCAAAAAGCACGGAUCUUCUUGGUGGGUAACCAUCAAAGCAAAAGCUUCAGUCUAGAUGCUUUAGAAAAUGUAGCAAGUGAGUUGGGUUUGACUAACAGCAACAUUAUUUUGAAGACUAAACGCAUGAAUGAUGCAGACUUUGUCAAAAAUUUGAGGAAAACAGUCAGUGAUGUAGUGGAGAACUCAAAGAUGAAGAUGCCAAUAGAGCAGAUGGCUGAUGUUGCCCGUGAACUGGGAAUCUUGGUUGAUGAAGACUCUCCUGAGUGCCAGACUGCCAAGAAAAAUGCAGAUGCCAUCACUGCAGAAAUUCAAGACAUCCUGGCAUACAAAGAAGCUCAGCUUCCAUUGCAAGGCCAAAUAUGGAAAGAAUUGACUUGCAUAGAGAAGGAAGAAUUUCGGCUUCGAAAAGCUGGGUCUGAAAAUAUAGAAGUGUACAAAAGCAAUCUUCAAGUACAGAAAACAAAACUUAGAGAAAAACAGAACUCUUACGACAUAUCACCUGCUAUGACAUGCUUCAUCAAGGCAAUAUCAAGCCCUGGGAUAGAGCGGUGCUUUUUCCUGAAAUGGAUGCGAAUGAACCUCGAUAACCUGUCUCGAGAAAAACUGUCUUAUCUCAGGGAGCAGUACAAAAAGAAAUGUAAGAGUUCUGAGAACAAAGAGGAGAUUAAAGACAUCGACAGACAACUUUCCAACAGCUCAUUGGGGACUGAACACUUCUUCCGUGAAAUGGGUCAAAUCUAUGAAGCUUCAGUUUCCCUUCCAGAAACAGAUCCAUCACGUCAACAAUUACAGCAUCUUCCAAAACUUUGUGCAGGAUUGCUGCUUGAUGGACUUCCUCUUGAGCUUGUUGACGGAGAUGCAUCCAACAUACCUCUCAAAUGGGUGAGUGAUGUUCUCUCUCAGCUCAAUGACUUGGUGUCUCCUAAGAGCAAGAUAUUGGUGGUCACAGUACUUGGAGUUCAGAGCACAGGAAAGUCCACUCUCCUGAACACAAUGUUUGGAGUGCAGUUUGCCGUCAGCAGUGGUCGAUGCACUCGAGGUGCCUUUAUGUUGCUCAUCAGAGUCAAUGAAGAUGUGAAAGAAGUACUCAACUGUGACUUCAUGGUGAUCAUUGACACUGAAGGCUUAAAGUCACCAGAGCUUGCACAACUGGAUGAUAGCCACGAGCAUGACAAUGAGCUUGCAACGCUUGUUGUGGGGCUGAGUGAUAUCACCAUUAUCAAUAUUGCCAUGGAGAAUUCAACAGAAAUGAAAGACAUCUUACAAAUAGUCGUGCAUGCUUUUCUCAGGAUGAAAGAGGUUGGCAAAAAACCCAAAUGUCAGUUUGUUCACCAGAAUGUGUCAGAUGUUUCAGCCCAUGAGAAGAACUUACGAGACAGGAAACUGCUGUUGCAACAGUUAAAUGAGAUGACCCAGGCAGCAGCCAAAAUGGAGAAGAAAGAAGAGAACAAGAGCUUCACUGAUGUGAUGGAGUACAGUCCAGACACUGGGAACUGGUACAUUCCUGGACUCUGGAAUGGGAACCCACCAAUGGCACCAGUCAAUGUGGGGUACAGUGAAGCUGUGUAUGACCUCAAGAAGAACAUCAUCCAAAUGCUGGGGAACUGUGACUCAUCUUCAAACAAUAUGUCUGAGUUUACAGAGUGGAUAUCAAGCCUGUGGAAUGCAGUGAAACAUGAAAACUUCAUCUUCAGCUUCAGAAACAGCCUGGUGGCUGAUGCCUACAUGAGGCUUUGCACAGAAUUCAACAAAUGGGAAUGGGAAUUCAAAAAAGAAAUGUACACCUGGGUCACAGAUGCUGAGACAAAAAUGUCCAAUUUCGGAAAAUUUGAUGUGAAAUAUGAGCUACCUGACGUGAGAGAACUUCUGACUUGUUUGAAAAAUGAAGCUCGAACACUGCUGACUAAUUGGGAGACAAAGCUUCUUGAAAAUCUGUCACAAUAUUUCAAGCAAACUGAGGGUCAUGUCUAUCUGGUAGAAGGAUACAAAGAGGACUUUGCAAACAGUACAAAGAGCCUUCGACGAGAAAUGGAGAGGUCUGUGUUUAAUCAGCUGGAAGCAGCAGCUGACAUUAGACAGGGAAUGACAAAGCUUGAUAAAAUCAAGGAGAACCACACAAAAGAAUUAGAGGGGAGAGUUAAUGCAUUAAUUCAGGAUUGUCGGAAGAAAAAAGUCAAGAUGACAGACACAGAGCUGGACCAAGAAUUUGAUGAGAUGUGGGAUACAACUUUGAAGGAACUAUCUUUCUGUGAACAAAAGGCUACAGAUGUCUUCACCAGUGUGUCUCACUCCCUGAGAGCAAAUCUAUCACAUAAGGGUGGUCAUGCAAAUGAAAUAUUGAGUAAAAAAGACUUGAAAAACUGUGGACUGAGACCUUUCACAUAUAAGCCUAUUGUUGAAGGAUUCUGCAGCCAACUUAAACACACUGUGAAGAAGUGGUUUAGCAAAGAUCAAGAAGCAGCUAUGCAACAAAUGGCUGACAGCACCAUAGCUGCUUGUGAAGACAUUUUAAUACAGAAAAUGGAAAGGAAAACCAAUUACCAUGACACUUACAUUGAGGAGAUCCUACACGUGAUUGAUGAGAGGCUGCAUAACAAUCACAAUCUGAAGACAGGGAUUGAAUUUGAAGUUUGUCUUAAACAGCACAUCUGUGGACUUGCAGCCCGGGACUUUCAGAAAAUGCAUGAAGAUUUCAUAGAAGAGAAUGAUCCCAAAAGAUGUCUCAACCAAAACAAAGAAAAGUUUCGUACUGAUUUUAUGGAUGUGUUCCAUGAACGAGAUCAGUGCCAGAAGAAGGCAGAAGAAUUCACAAAACAAUGCUUGAAGCCUGCAGUCAAAGACUUUGUCAACCGCUCCUUGGGUCCUGACAUCAUUGGUGAAAUGCUGACAUGCCAGCAGUUCAGCACACGAAUGUUUUUCCAGCAUUCAAUUUUACUGGAUUUGCUCUCCAAGGAUGACUUUGAAAAGUAUCUGAGCUACAUUUGCUCAUAUGAAGAUUAUGUGAAGAAAUGGACUCUCAACCAAAUAAUUGAACACUUCUCCAACCCAUCUAAAGCGUUUGAGCUUGAAAAUCAACAUCUGCAGUCAAGUAUCAACAGCAUAAACAAUGCUAUCAACAAGGCAAAAACACGAAAAAGUUGUGACUUGAAGACAUUUGUUGAAGAUAUCUGCAAAGAACUUGGUGAUAAACUGGUCAUUUCCCAGGAUGCUCUUGGUGCUUUCAUGAUCCUGAACAAUGCCGACCAGGAACAGUUUGCUUACUGGCUCACAGAGUGUGUGAACGAAAUGGGACAAGCUCUCAUGGUAACCUUCCAAGAAGACAACAUCCAAAUAAAACUAAAACAUCUCCAUGUGAAACCUCAGAAUGAGCUUUUCACCAAAGUGAUUGGAUGUGGUAAACAGUGUCCAUUCUGCAAAGCGCCUUGUGAAGCAGGAGGAAAACAACAUACUGAGCACUGGACUUCUCUACAUCGGUCACAGGGUCUUGGUAGAUACAGCUGGCAUGACACAGAAAAUCUUGUCAUUGACAUUUGCUCUUCUCUUGUGAUCAGUGAUGUGCGUUUUCGCUGUGGUGCUACUAAGGGUGAAUGGCACCCUUAUAAGAGUUACAGAGAAAUUUUCCCAGACUGGAAAAUUGCUCCAGACGUAAGCCUUCAGGCCUCAGACUACUGGAAAUAUGUAUUUGCGAGGUUCAAUAAGAAGUUUGCCAAAGAAUAUGGAUCAAAUCCUGCCGAUAUUCCUAUAUCAUGGAAAGUUAUCACAUGUAAGCAGGCAGAAGCAAGCCUCAACGAGUCAUUUAACAUCAAGUGAGAGACUACACCCUCUGUGGUUAUGGAGAUACACACUCUUCUCAUAACAUUCAUACAUUUACCUUCUUCUAUAUAAUGUAGGAGAGGAUCAUAAGUGGUAACAUAUUGUAUAUAUGGUGACAAGGUUUAAGAUACAUAGAUAUACCAGUACAAAAGAUAAGAGAAAAUCAAAUGUUGUGGUCAUUUCUACCUGAGAUUGAAUUCAACAUGUUGUGCAUGCAUAGAAAUAAUGUACUCUAACUAUAUGUGGAUAAAGACAUGUUUUAAUACUUUUUUUUCAUAAAGAUUUUCUCUGGCAUAGAUGCCUUUAUUUGAAAGUAGAGAGACAGGAAACUACAGGGGGGAGGGGGGCAGGACUCGAACCGGGGUCUGCUGCGUACAUGGCAUGCACUUUUAAAACUUUUUGAUUAGUAUGUGUUGUUCAGUAACAGUUUGAUUACACCUGAGUUAGUUAACUUACGAAUCUAAUUUUAUUGUGUGUGAUGAUGUACACAAUUAAUCAAAGCAACCAAGUGACAGAAAAAGAUGUCAAAUUAAGUAUGAUAUGCAAUGUUUUUUGUUUGUUUCUGUCAUGUAUCCAAUGCCAAAUAUUUACCUUUCUUCAAUUAAUUAAAGAGU